AUGUCAGAUUUAGAUGAAUAUGAGAAUGAGAUUAGAUCUCUGUUGGAGGAGAUCGAUAGAGGUAUUAAGGAGAUAACUAGAGCAUCUGGAAAGAAACAACAGUUUGACGUUAGAGCAAAGGCCGAGAUGUUGGAGGGUAGACUAAAGCGUGCGAAUGCCGUUCUAAAGAGCUUCAGAGCGGACUACAGAGAGCUGGAGAAGAAGGAUCAGGGACCAUACGCAACCAAGGCCACACAGUUUGAAGAGACGCUCAAGACACUAAAGAACGAACUGGAAUGGGCGUGCAAGCAGAGUGAGAACGGUGGACUCGGUGCCGCAGGUGCUCAAAGCUCGCCACAGGACGACUAUCAACAGACAAUGGUGCAGGCCAAGAGGAUACAAGCUGAGGACAUUGAUGCCACCGGCAGAAUUGCCAGUCAAGUCGUAACAAUCAAUCAAGUCGGUCAAGCAACACUUGAAGAGAUGGCCAUACAGGAGGAGAAGAUGAAACAGAUCAACAAGAGCAUGGAUGAGAUUGAUGGCAAUCUCAAGUUGGCACAGAGACAGAUGAGAGCCUUUGCCAGAAAGAUGGCCACAGACAAGCUUAUCAUGGGUCUGGUACUGCUAAUCGUCCUGGCCAUUAUAUUCGUCAUUAUAUGGAAGAUUGUCAAGAAAUAA